GACAUUCGUCUUCCCAUCGCACACUUCUUCCUCUCAUCACUCCUGCAUUUCCAUCAGUCACCAACGCUACCAUCAUGAGUCCCCCUCUGCCAUCUCUGACCGCUACCUGGCGCAAUGACACCUAUGCCGCCAUUUCCCCCUCCCGCCCCGAGCUGAGCGCCGCCGGCAAAACCGUCAUUAUUGCAGGGGCCGGCAGCGGAAUUGGUCGUGCAACAGCUCUGGCCUUUGCUCAGGCCGGGGCGAGCCACAUCGCUCUCCUCGGUCGGACCGAGGCAACGUUGCUCGAGACACAGCGGACUCUCUCGGCCACCUCCAAAAGCUCCGUUCAUGUGGUCAGCGUCACGGAUGAGGCGGCCCUACGCGAGGUGGCCUCCACCAUCGGCACCUGGGAUAUAUUGGUGCUCAGCGCGGGCCACAUCGCUGACCCGGCGCCCAUUGCCGACACCCCAGUGGAUAACUGGUGGCAGUCGUUCGAAACUAACGUCAAGGGUACCAUGCUUUCUAGCAAAGUCUUCAUCCCCACGGCCAACCCUACCCACGCGGCCAUCAUCACCACCAGCGCCGCGGUGGUCCUGCCCCCGACCAUGCUGGUGGGCUUGUCCGCCUACCAUUGUUCCAAGCUCGCCGUAGUCAAGCUGACAGAGCACCUCGCGGCCGAGAACAAGAACAUCUUCGUCGCCUCCCUGCACCCGGGGAUGGUCGAAACUGAGAUUUUCAGCAAGAGCGGUGCUAAGGCAGAGCAGUUGCCCAUGGAUACAGUCCAACUUCCGGCCCACUUCACCGUGUGGCUGACCAGCCCCGAUGCCGCCUUCCUCAAGGGACGCCAGGUUUGGGCCAACUGGGAUGUGGAGGAAUUGAAGGCGAAGGCAGCCGAGAUCCAGGCGGGACUGCAGCUGACUGCGACCAUCGACGGGUGGCCGUUCCCGAACGUGUAGACAGGGGAAGAACGAAUCCGCUGCGGUCGCAUAUCCUGUUCUAUUCUGGUUGUAUCUUUUUUUCAAUUGUAUGUGCAAACCAUAAGCUAGAUAGCCACCCCCGCCCCCGCCCCCACUUGUUCUCCCAACUCAUUGGACUUUCAUAUAUCCACCUGCUCCUAAUUGACUAUACCCU